AUGGCUACUACCACACUUCAACUUUAUUGGGAUCUUGCUUCUUUUGAUCCUAGUGCUAGACAAACAGCCGCACUCUCCUUGAUCAAGACAUUGGCCGAUUUCCAAAAGAGCCAUGAAGAGACAUUGGAAAACAAGAACGACAUUGCCGACACUGAAGAAAAGCUCGACCUUCUCUGUGCUUCCGAUGUAUCCUAUGCUGUGCGUCGUUUGCUUCGUGGUCUUCCUUCUUCCAGACAAGGCGCUCGUCAAGGUUUCUCCUUGGCUUUGACUGAACUUCUUGCCAUUGUUGAUGUUGUUUCCACCAAACUCGUGCUCGAUCUUUUAUUCCAAUACACUGAGCGCACUGGAGCCAUGAGUGGUGAUGAGACUCGCGAUAUGUUGUUUGGUAGACUUUUCGGUUUGAUGUCCAUUGUCGCUGCUGGUAUGAUUGCUAGAUCCUCCACAACCACCGAAGAUAUUGUACGCAUCGUCGAAAGCUUGCACGAAAUGGCUAAAUGCAAAUCCUAUCUCGCUGAAGUAUGCCACCAUGUUGUUAUCAAUAUCCUUCCUUAUUUGAAGGACACAGAGCACCAAUCACAAGUAGUAGACAAGAUCAAGGAGUUGUUUUUGAAUGGUCCCGUCAUCAAUGUCGAUCAACUCAACCUUGUUCUCGCCAUGCAACAAAAGCUCGAUAAUGUCGACUUAUCUGCUCAAUUAACCAACUUGAAGAGUACCACUAUUUUGGACGCUGCCAACUUGAAUGUCUUGGCUGGCAUUCUCAGAGAGAUUCCUGCAGACACCCAAGAAGCUUUGGCUGAUUGGAAGCCUCAACUUCACUCUGUGUGGGAUCCUAUUCUUGCCGUCUAUUUCCAAAAGUCGCAGCCCAAGAACAUUGCCUCUUUCCAAGAGUUUUGGACCGUCGCUGUUGAUAACACCAUGUUUGAAAAGAAUGCUUCUCAUGGUCGCAAGUACUGGGGCUUCCAACUCGUCGAGAAGGUCUUGCGCCGUCUUUCUUCGGAUCAAAUGCCCUUGAUCUUUACUGCCAACUUUAUGAGAACUUUUAUCAACAACCUGUCCUCUGAGGAUCGUUUCUUGAACAGAGCUGCUAGACACACUGCUCAAGUGAUUCAAAAUGUCGCUGAAGAAAACAAGCAGGUCGGCUUUGCUUUGAUUACCCAACUUUUGGGCGAAAAUGGUCAUCAAAACUUUGAUCGUAUCACUCGUACCAAGACUGUCGAGAAUUUGUUGACUACCAUGGACACUGAAGGCAUCAAGUCUUACCUUGAAUAUCUUGCUCAAACAUUCGUCAAGAGCGAUGAAAGUUCCAGCAACUCCAACCGUGAAUGGGCUCUGACUCAGCUCACCUUAUUGAUCACCAACGCAAAGAUUCCCAAGGAAGAGGAUUGGGUUACUCAACUUGUUCAAUUCUUGAUGCUCCACGCUUUCUUUGACAUCAAGUCUGCUGACAAGACCAAGUCUUAUUUGACCGGUCUUCACAAGCCUACUCCUGCCUUAUCUGAAGCUACUGUCAAGCUCUGCCAAGACCGUUUCCAAGCCGUUCUCGUCGCUCUCAGCAAGUUGCCUCCUAUGCAACAAGCUGCUGCUGCCAAUGCUCCUAUCAAGACUCGUAAGUUGCAAGGCAUCACCAACAAUGGCGAGUUGUGGGCAUACCAAGCUUUUGAGAUCUACCAAAACCUCCAAAAGAACAAGAAAUUGACCUCUCGUGCUACUCCUUCUGACAAGACCCGUGAGGCCACUGAUAAGGCUGUCAAGAUCGUCAAGGAACUCAGAGCCAAGAUUGCUAAGAUGGACAAGAGCGAAGUGCACGAUAGCGUCGAACGUGGUUUCGAAAUUCUUUUCCUCAACAUUAUUCUCCAUACUUUGAUCAACGAAGCUGAAGGUGUCUCUGUCUUGACUGAAUUGACUGACUGUUACCAAAAGACUUUCAGUGCUCCCAAGAAGACACAAAAGAAGAAGGCAAAGAAGGCCCAAGAAGAAGACGAAGAGGAACAGCUCGAUCCCAUUGAUGUUAUUGUCGAUAUCCUCAUCUCUUUCUUGACCAAUGAGUCUCCUGUUCUGAAAAAUCUCGCUGAACAAGUCUUUGAAAUCUUCUCUCACAAAUUGACCAAACAAUCUCUUGAGAUGCUCCUCAACAUUCUGUCUUCUGGCGAGAACAAGCAAGACGAUGAACUCUUUGGAGAAGAUGACGACGAUUCUGAAGACGACGAUGUCGAGAUGAUUGACAUGGAUGACAUUGAUGAGAUUGAAUCCGAGGACGAUGAGGGUGAUGUGGAUGAGGAGCUCCGUCAAAAGAUUGAAGAAGCCAUGAAGGCUCAAGGUAUCAAUGCUGUGGAUGAUUCAGACGAGGAAUUGGAUGAUGAUGCUAUGGCUGCCUUUGACGAAAAGCUAGCCGAAGUCUUUAAGCAAAAGAAGAUUGCCAAGGAGGACAAGAUUUCCAUGCAACAAAAUGUGGUUCACUUCAAGAACAAUGUCAUGGGCCUUAUUGUCAUCUAUGCCCGCAAGAACCCCGCCAACCCUCUUGUGUUAACAUUGAUUGUGCCUCUCUUGAACAUUAUCCGUGCUACACCCUCCAAAUCUGUCACCAACCAAUUCGUCGAAAAGGUGGUUGCCUUCUUGAAGAACCGUCUUUCCAAAUCCACUGAAUAUCCCAAGGAGCAAGCAGAUUUCGUAUUUGAUGUCGUUCAAGCUGUCCAUGAUUUCGCCAAGCAGUCUACCUCUAAGGAGCUCUCUGAAAUGUGCAACAACUUGUCUCUCUACCUGCGCAAGUGUAUUCUGGGCGGUGCUGAUUUUGAGAUCAAUAAGACUACACCUUCAAAUACCAAGAAAGCCGUUGAAAAGUUCAAUGCCAUCUACAGUGAUUCAGCCAAAUUAUACUUGAGCAAGAAAUCCACACCCUAUCAUCCCAGUAUCAUCCAGCAAAUGUUACAGCGUUACCCCUUGAGCUCUUGGAGUAUGCUCGACACUCUUGUAACAUUCUUGGAUCGUGCUCAUUGCGCCAAUAUCUAUAGACUCUCCAUGGCAUGCAAAUGGACAUCCGUCAUCAUUCAACGUACCGUCGGCAAGAAAUCAGAUGUAUAUAAUGAAAAAUUCCUCACACUCGUCCCCAAGCUUGCCGAAUCAGUGAAAUCCACCAUCGAGCUAUCUGUAAAGGAUCAAGACAAAGCAUUAGACUAUGAAAACAUGAAGAAUUACUUGAGAUUCGUGACAUUGAUUGUUAGACUUCACAAGAAGGUUGCACCCGAGACAGUGGAUCUGAAGAAGGUGUGGGAUACAGAAUUGAUCUUAUCGAUCGCAACAAAUGAAAAGUUUGCAAAGCCUGCCAUUUCCGCAUCAUGUAAAUCUUUGGAACAGCUUUGGUCUUAA